CUAUAAAUUUCAUGGGCCUGCGGCAACCAAAUACAUUUCAAGAGAUUUCAAACGAAAACUUAACGUUUCAGUCAUUAUUAGAAAAUCGUUGUGUAAAGACGUGCUAAGCGGAAAAAAUCUAAAGUAAAAACAAACAAAAUGCCCGUUGAAAUUGAAACACCCGACGCCUUGACCUACCAAUUCCAUCCUGUUACGGAACAAGUGUUCACUUUCAAGGUACGCUGUGGCCAUGAUGCCCAUUUGGCGCUGACAUCUCAGCCCGCUGAGGGUGAACCCAUGUAUGAGGUGUUCCUUGGCGGUUGGGAGAACAGCAAAUCGGUUAUUCGUAAAAAUCGUCAAAAACCCGAUGUUGUUGAAGUGCCCACCCCUGGCAUUUGUAAUGCUGGUGAAUUCCGUGGCUUUUGGAUUCGCUGGUAUGAUAAUGUCAUUACUGUGGGUCGUGAGGGUGAAGCUGCUGCUUUCAUGUCGCAUGAAGAUCCUGAAUUGUUCCCCAUCCAUUAUGUGGGUGUGUGCACUGGCUGGGGUGCCAGUGGUACUUGGUUGAUUGAUGAACCUGCUCCCGUUGCUGUGUCAGCACCCAUGGGUUUCAGCGCCCCCACCGGAGGUAGUGGCAGCGGCAGCUGGGUACCAGCCGCCAAUGGUGAAAUUCCCCCCGAAGCCUUGCAGGGCGGUUUCGAUGGCAGUGAACAGCUGUACAUUGCCCGUGCCCAACACGAGGGUGACAUGAUUCCCGGCAAAUUACAUCCCUCCCAUGGUGUCUGUUAUGUCGCCUAUGGCGGUGGUGAACAUGGCCACAGUGAAUAUGAAGUCUUGUGUGCCGGUUUUGGUAUUUGGGUACCCGUCAACGAUGGCAACAUUCCACCAAAUGCUGUCCAAGCCGGUACUACAGCCGAUGGCGAGCCCUUGUUUGUGGGUCGGGCCACACAUGAUGGCACCGUCACCGUGGGUAAGGUACAACCUUCCCAUGGCUGCUGUUACAUUCCAUAUGGUGGUGAAGAAUUGGCCUACAAAGAAUUUGAAAUCUAUUGUGAACAGUAAAUUAAUAGCAUGCAGAACAAUAGCACGCAUUUCGUCUUCUUAGCAUACUUCGGCAUAUUAGCGAGACAAUAGUAGUAUUUUUGCACCUUGACUAUUAUUUUUGUCAAUUAUUAUAUUAUUAUUGUUGUUGUUAUGCCUUAAUCUAGCAGCUACAUACAACAAUGCAUCACGUACUCAUCUCGAAUAACUUUUUUGUGAUAGUUUUAUUCAGAAUAUAAUUCGGGAAAAAUUAUCACAAUCAAACUCAAAUAAAAUUGUAUUUAUGUAAUUGUAUUAAUUUAUAUGUUUUAAAAUAAAAGAAAAAUAAACAAAAAAAUAAGUUUUAUCAAUAAAAACAAAAAACAAACCAAAA